ACUGUCGCAUAGGCCUUGAAAUUAAUGUCUAUUUUUUGUUGUUAGAAAAAUCUGGAUAAACAUUAUGAAAAGUUUUCAUUACAAAAACAUCUCUCAUUCAAAUUGAAACCCUUCCAAAAUUUCUAAAAAUUCUAAAAGGUUCCAAAAAUAAAUCAAAGUUCGAACGAAAGAUUUAUUACAAUUCUUCAUAUUUCGCGGAUAGUUUGGGCCGAUCGCAACUAAAUCGUAUCAGUUCUAUUCGUGCACACAACUACCGCGAUAUAAGAAAAAGACGUGACCGCCCGGCGUUUAACGGGCGGCGAUCAACAAUUCAAUUUGGUUUCUCCCGCAAGGCCGUGUGUUAUUUUUUUUUCGCUUUGUGUUUUCUGUUUUCAAAAGUCGAAACACCUUUUUUUUGCAAUUUUAUUCAAUUUGUGUGCGUGUCGUGUCGUGUCGUGUCGUUCGUGACUAUCAAAUUCAAGCUAAAUACGUGAAAGCCAAUAUGAAAAAAUUCGUUGCUCACAACAUAUCACGGGAGCCGUAUCGGGGCUACAAUUCGGAGAUGUAUUCGACUAAUCGGAUCAACAACAACAGCAACAACACCUCGGGUCAACGUGGCGAAAUGGCGGAAGGCAAUGGCGAAUUAUUAGAUGACAUUAACCAGAAAGCCGAUGACCGUGGCGAUGGCGAACGUACAGAGGAUUAUCCCAAGCUGCUGGAAUACGGUCUGGACAAGAAGGUCGCCGGCAAACUGGAUGAAAUCUACAAAACCGGUAAACUGGCUCACGCCGAGUUGGAUGAGCGUGCGCUGGACGCGCUCAAGGAGUUUCCCGUCGAUGGUGCCUUGAAUGUGCUUAGUCAGUUCCUCGAGUCAAAUCUGGAGCAUGUGUCAAAUAAGUCUGCCUACCUGUGCGGGGUCAUGAAGACCUAUCGCCAGAAGAGUCGCGCCAGCCAGCAGGGUGUACCAGCGACCGCCAGCACCAUACAGGUGAAGGGCCCCGACGAAGACAAGAUCAAAAAGAUACUCGAGCGCACCGGCUACACAUUGGAUGUGACUACAGGACAACGCAAAUAUGGCGGGCCGCCACCAAAUUGGGAGGGCAAUGUGCCUGGCAACGGUUGCGAGGUCUUCUGUGGCAAAAUACCCAAGGAUAUGUUCGAGGAUGAGCUAAUACCGCUAUUCGAGAACUGUGGCGUCAUUUGGGACCUACGGCUCAUGAUGGACCCGAUGACGGGCACAAAUCGUGGUUACGCAUUUGUCACAUUCACAAACCGCGAGGCGGCCAUCAAUGCUGUGCGACAGCUCGAUAAUCACGAAAUAAAACCCGGCAAGUGUCUGAAAAUAAAUAUAAGCGUACCGAAUCUACGCCUUUUCGUAGGCAAUAUACCCAAGUCAAAAGGCAAAGAUGAAAUUUUAGAGGAAUUUGGUAAACUUACAGCUGGCCUCUACGAGGUAAUCAUCUAUAGUUCUCCCGAUGACAAGAAGAAGAAUCGCGGCUUCUGCUUUCUCGAAUACGAUUCACAUAAGGCGGCUUCUUUGGCCAAACGGAGACUUGGCACUGGUAGAAUUAAGGUUUGGGGAUGUGAUAUUAUAGUCGACUGGGCCGAUCCACAGGAAGAGCCGGAUGAACAAACAAUGUCCAAGGUUAAAGUGCUUUAUGUGCGAAAUCUAACGCAAGACGUUACAGAGGAUAAACUGAAGGAACAAUUUGAGCAAUAUGGCAAAGUGGAACGCGUUAAGAAGAUUAAAGACUAUGCCUUUAUACACUUUGAGGAUCGUGAUAGCGCCGUCGAAGCUAUGCGUGGCCUUAAUGGCAAGGAGGUCGGCGCCUCAAAUAUUGAGGUCUCACUUGCCAAACCGCCAUCGGACAAAAAGAAAAAGGAAGAAAUUCUGCGCGCACGCGAACGACGCAUGAUGCAAAUGAUGCAAGGGCGUCCCGGAAUCGGAUUUGAAACAUUGUCUCCAUACAGAAACCUGUCGCCGACACAUCCCAGCAUGAUGUCCAUAACGCCCAUGCGAAUCCCAGGGGCGCGUAUGCCGCUGCGCACGCCGAUGCCCCGCGAAUACGACUACGAUUAUGAUUAUUUCGGCUAUCCGGAUUUUCGCGGCCCCGGCCCGGCAAAUUUUGGGGCUGAUUCGUAUUACGAUGACAUCUAUCGCGCCUAUGAGGGCGAUUACAAUUAUUAUGAUUUUGCAAACAAUGGCGUCGUCUCAGGCAGUGGCAACAACAGCAACGCCGUUGCCCCGGUUGCCAUCGGCAGUGGAGGGGCCGCCCUCAACUCGCCGCAGCAACAGCGUCCGUCAAGAACCCAAGCAACUUACAGUAAUACCACAGUGGUCAUGGGGGCUGGUCGUGGGCAUGGAAUCACAGUCCCGCGUGGCCGAGCCGUUGGCCAACGUGGCAGCAUCAGUCGUCUGGUGGCCCAACCAGCGCCACAGGCGGCAACAGCGGCGGUGGCGGCGGCGGCGGCGGUGGGACAGGCGGCGGCGGCUCAUCGGGGGGCGGCCACCGUUCAGGGGGCGCAAGCAGCAACCGGGGGGGUGGUCCGUGGGGUGGCACCAAUGCGUCCCAGCGCUCCUGGCACCCAGCACGUCAAGCCGCUACAAAAUUUACCAGUAGUCGGUAAACGUAAGUUCGAUGGAGGUCACCAAAAUCCGGCAGAUGUUAAGCGACGUUACCAGAGCGGUUUAAUAGGAAAUGGCGGCAGUUGGAGCAGUUUACCGCUACCACAGCAACCCUUAGGCACAAAUGGUGAUCAGUGGUAUAUGGAUACGUUUUCGGCAUGGAGUUAAAAAAAAAAAAACAAAAACAAAAACAAAUAAAAGCAAAACAACCACAACCUAACAAGAACAACAACCUACACACACUUGGAAUUUAGAAGGCACGCCAAACAAGCAAACAAGCAACCAACAACCAACAACAACAGCCAACAAUACACUUCGUAUCUUUUCAACUCUUAAAGCAAUACAAAUCCCAUAUUAUAAAAAUCAACAACAAAAAUUGAGCCUUAAGCCGUGAAAAAGUUUUCGUUGUUUCUUUUUUCAACUGCUUUGCACAACCUUCUCUCUCUCUCUCUCUCUCUCAAUAAGCAAAUAAUGAAUAAUAAUAAUAUUUAUAUAGCAUAUAUAUAAUAAACUUGCCGCAGCAUUUUAGCAAAACAAAAAAAAAAAACAAAACAAAAUUAUAUAUGUAAUUUUCAGUUCCAAUUCACGCAUAUAAAGAAAAAACUAUAAUAUAACGAUUAGAGCAUUUUAAAAUUGUAAAAGAAAAAGUCCCCUUUUAAAAUUCGAGAACUACGUACGUUUUUAACUUGAAAUCUAAAACAAUAAUUGAGCAUAAAUAGCAGGAAGAAAAGAGUAAAAAUAUAAAAAAAUACUACAUAUAUAUAACUCGAUUUAUGUAUAUGGUGGCAGUUAGGCUCAGAUAUAUAUAUAUAUUGAUUUUAAAACUUAAGCAACUUUUUUAUAACCAAAAUCGAUAAACAAAAAUAAUUAAAUAACAUUUUAAUACUAUUUGUAUAAAAAUGAGUCAAAAUGGAGAAAUUCUAAAAACAACAGCAAAAAAAAAAAAACAAAUUAAAACAAUAUUUCCUUCAAUUGUAAAUAUAUAUGAGAAAAAAUUAAUUUAAAAUGCAAGAAAAUUAAUCAAAUUGAUAAAGAAAAAAGAAAUUAAUUCAGAAGCAAAGCUUAAAAAAGAAACAUUGACUGAAAUAUUAAAAAAAAAAAGAUCAAAACAAAAUAUAAAAUAUAGUAACAACAACAAAUUAUUAACUAGAGUUUGGAGAUUGAGAAGAGUUAAGAAAACUAAAAAUUAUUGAGCGACAGGCCUAUUGGCAUUAUUAUAUAAUGUCUGGCGCUGUACAAGUUGGCAAAGACUUUCCGAUUAAAUUAGGUAAACUUGAAAUCAAUUAAAAAGAAAAACAACACCAACAAAAAUGUAGAGUUAAGAAAUGCACAAAAAAUAAAAAAUAAAUCCAUGCAGUUAAUGAAAAAAGCUAAAGAUACAAAAAUCGAGAAGCAACGAAUUAGUAAGACACAAAUCAACAACAACAAAACACACACAUCACAAGCAGCAGUCUAAAAAAUACAAUUAAAUAAGAAACUAUAAAUUUUACAAGCGAUAAUAUUAUAGGGAAUUUAAUAACUAAAAGAAAAACAAAAAAAUAUAAACAACCAAUAUUUAUACGAAAAUCUAAACAAAUUGCAAAAAAUCAAUUAGCCAACGCCCUCAAAAAAAAAAAAAAAAAAAAAAAAACAUUUAACUAACUAUAAAAAGAAAUAACAAUAACUACCAUAAUUAAACAAAUUUCCAAAAAUUAUCAAAAUACAAACACAAUUUUCCUUCGUAUCCCUACUUAGUUUUUUCUACUUAGAGUGCUGAUAAAAACAAACAGCUUCAUAGCAAAUCGAAACUAGAAACUCUAUAAUACGUAUAUAAGCAUUAUUUAACUGUAACUCCAUGCCUAUACAACAACAACAACCAAAACACACACAUAGAAAAAAGAAUCGUGGCUAACUUUUGUUAAGGAAAUUUUCAAAAUUAUUUUCUGUUUUUGUUUCUUUUUGCUAGAUCUCAAGUAAAGCAAAAAGUUAAGUUAUAACAA